GGCUGGAGAGAGAGAGAGAGAGAGAUAAAGUAUAGUGCCCACCGGGAGGCGUGAUGUUAGGAAAAGAAGAGUGAGGAAAUACGACUGGGAGGGAAAGGGAGGAAGAGACACGAUAAGGCGAACACAGGCAGGAGGAAGGUUAGCUUGAGAGACAGACAGAUCCGAUUCGCAAUCCCCGAAGCAAGCCGCAGCUGCUUUUCAGCUGGUACUGUAUCUUGCUGUUACUGUUUCACCAGCACUCGAGCAGCGACGAUUCGCUCCUCCAGCAGAGAGCUUUUGGUACACGGCAGAGGGCAAAGACGUUACAUACGGGACGGGGGCACGAAUCGGAUCACACGGUAGAGUAGUGUAGCGGCGAAGAAGUAUCGGCCGCGGGAAGAGGCGGACGGGCGGGAAGGAGAGAGAUAGAGAGAGAGAGAGAGAGGGAAUAGAGUAGAGAGAAAGAGAGAGAACAGACGCGACACACACACAUAUAUAUAUAUAUAUAUAGACGCACACUCGUAUAUAUUAACAUGACAUAGACAUUAUCACAAUAUGUAACACGCACGUACGAGUGUGCAGCACGACCGAGUGAGAGGGAGAAUCGGCCAGAAAGAGAGAGAGAAAGAGAGAGAGAAAAGAGGGAGAAACGGACCAAGCGAGCGCUGUUACGAUAAAAGAGAAGUUUUUUCGGAGAGCGUAUUCGGAAAGCCGUUCAAUGGUCGCGACAGCUAUGCGCCACGCCACCACCAUCACUACCACUACCACCGUUGCCGCCGUAGUCGUCGCCGUAGUCCUAGGGCAUCCUACUAGCUAGUUCCGACGGGCCAGCGCAUCGGACGGCAGGCCCGCCAGUUCGCCUAUAGCAGGAGUACGCUACGACGCGCGCGCGCGCGCGCGUGUCUCGGACCUCGUCGCCGUCGUCACCAGAGUUUUCCUCCCGAAGAUGACCAUAAUAGUCUUUUUGAUCGACACGUCGGCCUCCAUGAAUCAGAGGGCUUAUUUGGGCGGGCGGCCCACGCUCUUGGACGUAGCCAAGAGCGCCGUGGAGACCUUCGUCAAGGUCCGACAAAGAUCGCCGGAGAGUCGUGGGGAUCGUUACAUGCUGUUGACCUUCGAAGAUCCGCCCCACAAUAUCAAGGCAGGAUGGAAGGAGAAUUUAGCAACCUUUAUGAACGAAUUGAAGAACUUGCAGUGCACUGGUUUAACAACACUCGGUGCUGCCUUGAAGCAUGCCUUGGAUGUGCUGAACAUAAAUCGUAUGCAGACUGGCAUAGACACGUAUGGCCAGGGUAGAUGUCCAUUUUACCUGGAACCGUCAGUUAUAGUUGUUAUAACGGAUGGAGGAAAGUACACGACUAACAAUGCAGUUAAUCAGGAUUUCACGUUACCUAUGCACUCACCAAUACCUGGAUCUGAAUUGACCAAGGAGCCGUUCAGAUGGGAUCAAAGAUUGUUCUCUCUGGUGCUGCGAUUAUCGGGAACGCCAGCCGUCGAGCGAGACAUUGGCCUCGUGGCGAGCGAUGCGUCGCCCAUAGAUGCUAUGUGCGAAGUUACCGGAGGUCGGUCGUAUUGUAUCACGUCGUUCAGGAUGAUGAUACAAUGUAUAGAUUCUCUCGUGCAGAAGGUCCAGUCGGGGGUAGUGAUAAAUUUCGAGAAGAUCGGCCCGGAUCCGCCGCCGUUGACCAACGAGACGUCGCACCAGGACGAAGAGGAGAACGAAGAGGAGGGUAACGCGGCGAACGGGCCUCGGACGCAGUACCCAAGCGCAGUGGUGCCGGGCAACACGGCCUGGCAUUCCUGCAGACGAUUGAUUUACGUGCCACGUUCGGCGCAGAAGGGAUUCGCGGUCGGAUUCUGGCCGAUUCCUGAGAGCUUCUGGCCGGAUCUGAGCGCGAGUUCGUUGCCGCCCAGAUCGGCGCAUCCCAACGUAAAGUUCACCUGCACCAGCCAAGAGCCGAUGGUGAUCGAGAACCUUCCUUUCGACAAAUAUGAGCUGGAGCCGAGCCCGUUGACGCAGUACAUCUUAGCAAGGAAGCAACCGACGAUCUGCUGGCAGGUUUUCGUCGCGAACUCCUACAAGUCGAGCGAGGUCGGCCAUCCGUUCGGCUACCUAAAGGCCAGCACAAAUUUAACCUGCGUCAAUCUGUUUGUUAUGCCUUACAACUACCCCGUACUGCUACCCCUGUUGGAGGAGCUCUUCAAGGUGCACAGAUUGAAGCCUACCAACGAAUGGAGGGCGCAGUUCCAGAAUUACGUGAGAACUAUGCCCACUUAUUACGCUGCUUCAUUGAGAAGAGCGUUAACCAGGAUGGGCACACCCACGGCAUUAGCGCAAACGCUAAUACCGGACAGUAUGGACAAUACUCUGUCGUACAGUGUCUUGAAUUACCUGAAGCGUAUGAAGAAUCAAGCCAAAAUAGAGUUCGACCGUCUCUGCAACGAGGUGAUCUCCAAGCAGGUUACGGCUUCCAAUCUCACAAAAAACUUGUCCAGCUGUGGCUCAAGUGCGGUGACAGAAGGAGUGAGAGUUAUACCGAGGACACCAUUGAAGAAGGACUUGGUGUCCCAUCCGUUAUUGCAAGACAAGGCUGGCUUGCGCGAUCAGUUGAACGAGUUCGGUGGUUUCGUGGUCGGACUGGUGAGAAACCAGCAACAGCAACGCGGCGCGCACAGUUACAGAAACGUUUUCGACGUCCCCCGGAAGUCCCUGCUCGAUCAAGUAGUGAGGAUGCGCGCGAAUUAUUUGCAGCCCGGCCUGUUGCAUACAAAGUUGCUUGACGAUGAUUACGUUCACUCCAUGCCUCUAGCUCAGAUGGGAAAUUACCAGGAAUAUUUGAAACGCAUGACGCCGCCGCUGCGAGAGAUCGAGAGUGUUCCUGUCAGACAACAUAUGUUUGGCAACCCGUUUAAGAUCGACAAGAGAAUGAUGGUGGACGAGGCGGAUAUCGACAUGAUGAACGCAACGUCAUCUACGUCCAAGGGUGGCCUCAAGCGCACGUUGUCGCAGUCGGACAGCGGCAGUCCGCCGUCCCCGAGGCCGCUGCCGAACAAGAGGAAGCCCGGGCCGAUACCGAAAGACGUGGUCGUACGACGGCCUUCGCACUCACCCACCAACACGCCGCCAAGUUCGCCGAUCCCGUGGAUGGAGGACCCGAAAAGCCCGACGACGACGACGACGACGACGACCACGUUGGCAUCAGCCGUCGACCCGAGCUCCUCGCCGAGUUCGAUCUGUGCGAGCAACGCGACUCCGAGCCACGUGUCGCCGAGUCUCGUGUCGAACGCUCAGCCGCCGGAGAAGCUGGUGAAUGGGCUCGCGGAGAUGCCCACGAUACCUGUGUUCGAACCGACGGAGCACGUUAACAAUCACAUGGACACGCCGCCCACAUUAACUCCGAUCGUUAAUAACGUGAGCGACGCGGCGAAGAGUGAUGUUAAAAGUGAGAGAACAGACGGGGUGAAGGGCGAGUGCGGCCGGUUAUUGCCCGUUAACGAUUGCAUCAUUGAGAACAAUGUGAAAGUAGGUGAUAGUGCAGCCGCUGAGGAGAGGCUGACGAACCACGUAGAAGAGAGACCGAGGCCCGAGAGAGAGCGGAAGCCGACGAAGAAGGAGCUUGAGGAGAUCAGGCGGCAUAAUCUGAGCAUACGGGAGCUCGUCUACAGGGAGGUGCGACGAAAAGGCAGAAAUUACACAGCCUUGCUCUCACACUUGCAUCAAAUUCAGGGAACCCUAGACAUACGACUCGCAUUCGUCAAGGACAUCGUGAGGGAGUCGUUACGUUUCAAGCGACGUCACCUGGCGUCGGUGUUGGAGGAUUACCUCAAGACUAUUCAGGAGGAGACCGCGAUAAACCACAAACUGAAUCACAAUGGUGCCACGAAGAUAAGUUGUUGAGAUACAUGCACGAUCAGGGCAUUAUCUUGAUGAUGAUAGCGGUGGUCGUUAAUUUAUGACGCGCGCGAGACGAAGGGCUAUUGUGCAAGUUUUCUCCAGCUUCUCGGUAGCGGUCUCAAUUUUACUGAUAAAUAAGCUUACUUUUUGAUACUUGCCGGGAAGACCUGCACAACCUGACCGCGGAGUCCUUCGGUAAAUUUCGACGGAAUUUCAAUGGCACAAUGCUGGGUAGAAACGCGUUUUACUCUUCGCUUCGUGAGUAACCAGUUGGUAGAAGUUUCAGUUUACAUCAUAUCUCUCUCUUUCUCUCUUUUUUUUCGUUACGAAAACCCGAGAAAGCGACAAUUUUUAUUUCGCAAAAUCUGAGAAUGAAUGGGAAUAACUUUUUUUUUUUUAACGGAAACUUCGUCGUGGACGCAGAGAAUUUUUUAUGUUUCUCCGCCGCGAUUUUUCUCUCCACAUCGGGAGAAAAUUUCGUAUUUUUCUCUUUAUCGGGAAUAUAUUCGAGAAAGAAAGAGCCGUGCGUAUCGCGUAUGCACGACACAACGUGAAAUUCUUGUCCCUCGAGCGUACACCGCACGUUAACUGUAAAUAUGUUCGCAUAUUUAUUCUUAUCGUCUGUUGAUGAUGUUUCUCUCGGGAUUCCGCCGCAUUUUCAGCUGCGCAUUGCAGACAAUCUCGGAUGCGAGGGAGAUGCGAAAAACAAACGGACGAAAUAUUAUAAUUAUAAAUUAUAGAGAUUAUAUGUAUAUAUAUAUAUAUACGAAAUUUAUUCCCCGUUGUUACGGAAAAACGAAAAACGAAAAAGAAGAAUACGCGUGUACCUGGAAGAAAAAAAGUACAGGCCCGAUCAAAUUAAACUUCUACCAGCUGCUCGGUGUUCAGAGUUCGACGUUGACGGAUUUAGUGCAGAAGUGACGAGUGUAUUACUAUUUUUACGACUUACAAUUCUGUUGUUAUACACACACAUAUAUAUAUAUAUAUAUAUAUAUAUAUAUAUGUAUCGAACGAUAUCUUCUUUGUGAUCACUCUGCGAUCUACGCUAAGUUGAAUAAAAUGCCAUUGUUUAACACUGUGUGUGUGUGUGUCGUCAGAUUGUCAAUGUAAAUUUCGUUUGCGUGUACUUGGCUGACGACGAGAUAUGCUGCAUUGUUGUUACUUUUUACCGCAUUUUAGGAGCGUACAUUGCGAGUGAGAUCCCGUGAGCGUUGCGUUGCUCGUCGCCGCGAUCCCCUCGCGAGUAGCGGAAACAUAUCGAGAGAGAGAGAGAGAGAGAGAGAGAGAGAGAGAGAGAGAGAGAGAGAGACGCCAGAUCCAUUUGCUCGCUCGGAGAUUUCUCGUCGAAAACAGAGCUUCCCCGGGAGCUUACAUUUAAGUUACACUCGCGACGAGGGGUCGCGUGCCGUAGAUGUAAUUAAGUAUAACACACGGACGUUAUUAACGCUUAAACACUGAGGGGUAAAAAAGAAGAAAAAAAGAGGGAAAGAACUCGAGACGUCGGACGCGCGCGAUCUCGAGGGAUGAUUAUUGUCUCUCGCGGAAUUUUCUACGGAAGGGUUUGACAGUGCCUGAAAUCCUACUUGAAAUCGGUGUGUGAUGAUGAUGACAUUGACGACAAUGAAUGUAUCGACGUUCAACCCACUGUGUCUCCGAGGCCUUCAAUAACGUCAUCUUGUUUGCAUGCAUCUACGAAAAUGCGAGGACAACGAGAAAGCGGUCGAGAACGCGUUGCGGCACUCUUUUUGCUUCUCCGACUCACGAAUCACAUCUCACGCGAAAAUGCGUGAGAAUAUUACUAUUUUUUUUUCCUUCCAGUGUCACGAUGUAUACAUGAACUCUCUGUUAUAUUAUACAAAGUGCGAAAGUGUUCAUAUAUGUGUGUGUGUGUGUGAGAAAGAGAGAGAGAGAGAGAGAGAGAGAGAGAGAGAGAGGAUUCUUUGUAGCAAGAGUAAUCGCGUACGAUUGUACGGUGCAACAACAACAACAUUGUAAUAGGUUAUUGCCAUUUGAGACGACGAUGUGGGGAUAGUCGACUAGUUUCGCACCCGAUUGCGGUGCGAAAGUUCACGGACGAAUGUAUAAUAUAACAGAAUCAAAACUUCGUUGUGUAUCUUAUAAUAACAUUUGAAACCGA